GUUGCUGUGUAGGUGUGCUAGGUGUGUUCCCCUCCCAGCUUCCAUUGCGAUUCUCGCCCAGACUCUAGACUAACAAGCCCUCUCCCCGCAACCAGUCACUGACUGAUUUGCGAGAGAUCCCUCAUCUCAACAAUCAGAUACUACAUCUGACGAUAGCCAAGAUAGUCGCACUAUCUUGUUACAAUCGACGGCCAUAUUCAAGCCAUUAAUUACCGAGGUCAACGUAAUCGAACCCAUCACAUCAAUUAAUCCCCUCCCUUGACUAGCAACAAAGAAAGCCCUCGACACCUCCACCCGUCAAUCAAUCACCAAAGCACCGACCUAUUCACACACAAAAAACAACUGCUAUUGCUUUCUCUCUCCUCAAUGCGGAACGGGCGCUUGUAUGUGGACGUGGACACACAAUGGCUUAGGCUUGCGACCGCCAAACAUGGACGAACAAGACCACUCACGAUCUGGCACCUCCAGUGAUGCCACAUCCUGGAACCAGGCCUCCACCUCCGACCUCAACCUACCCCGGGACCCAAAGAUGGAGCGCUCCAGCGCAUCCAACCUGCGGUCAGCCUUUCGCCAUACGCUGAUAAAUGCCACCUCCACCGUUCGCGCUGUCACACCCGAUCCCGUCGAGCCUCCAACUGUCAGUGUCACUGCCGAGUCUCAACAGUCCCAAAGAGGUGCUUCUUCACAGCAGAGUUCGCCCCGGACUAUACCUCCGGGCCCUACAAGAAGACAAGGCAUGGUUUUCAACGAAGUUUUCAGCGAGUCGUACGAGAGCAGCGAAUCUAGCCCUCCGAGACAGCAUUUACGGCAUACAAGCGGUAGCCUCCGGCCAAGGACGCGCACGAUGGAUACCUCUAUGCUGGCACAAAGAAGUGUACCACCGCCGACAUCAGAACGACACCGGGUUGGCAGUGUGAGCUCGUCGGGGUCAUUACAUCCCUCAGACGAGCUAAGGCCACAGCUCAGUUCAUUAGACUCGCUACAUCACGCUGUGAUAACAGGGCGAGAAUCAUUAGUACCAACAAAAGACAAAAAGUCAAGAAGACUCAUGAAGCGACAAUCAUCCAGACCUACCUCACCUCUCAUUUCUCCACCACCUACCGUCGACUCACUCCCUUUACCCAUAGCUACCGAUGACGCAAACAAGGUCCUGCUUCUUAUGAGAACUCUAUGCGGUCGAAUGCGCGGCGAGAUCGAAUAUCAAGGCGAAACGGGUGGUCCUUGGCAUAGUGGCGUAGCUUACAUUGAAGAGGAGAAGGGCUGUCUCAUGUUUGACUCAGGGCAGAAUGGACCCUUUCAUAUCCCUCUUGUGUCUGAUCUGCGCGGCUGCAGAGUCCUCCCUGUCGAUUAUCCCGAACUAACCAAGGAAUGCUUGGAGUUGGUGUGCCUUUCACCUCCAGUGGAAAUCCUAAUAUGUCCUUUGGUGACAGAAGAGUUCGACUUGUGGCUUGCAGCUUUACUGUGCUGGCAGCAAUUACGUCCAACGGGUAUUAAGCUUGCCAAUGGGAAACCAGCCAACCAGGUGACGCCCAUGAGGCCCGAAUUGAAGAGACAUGGUUGGUCACAAGAAAAGAACAAGCCUACGAAUAUCAUCAAGGUUGGUAAGGUGAUGCUUUGGGACAAGGGCUUGGCUGUUUCACCAAGGGCGAUUGUCAAGAGACCCUCAACGAGAGACCUUCGAUCACCCACGACAUCCUGGAGGAGAGUUUCCUGCAUUCUACAGGACAGCGGCGAGUUCAAACUCAUGACAGAGAAUGACGUUACUGUUCUUUCCAUCAUCGAUCUCUCACAGCUUUCCCGGUGUGCUGUUCAACAACUUGACCGUACAGUGCUCGAUGAAGAAUAUUGCAUUGCCAUAUUUCCAAUCUACUCUUCUACAUCUACUCACCUCUCUAUCUUCCGACCUGUCUACUUGGCGCUCGACAGCAGAGUUCAUUUUGAAGUUUGGCUUUGUCUACUUCGAGCAUUUGCGGUACCCGACAUAUACCGCCUUGACGACCCUAACACAUCGCAAAUUGUGGAACUAGAGGAUAUUGAAUCAGAGUAUGAGGGCGAAGUUUUCAGGCUCGAAAAGACAAUCAGCGUCAGGGUUACUGAAGCAAAGAUUAAGGCUAGACCCAGCGGUGGUGGAGGGACUGAGCCGACAAUUCCAGAACGACCCGGGCGACCGGAACCUGAUCCUUUGAUUGGAAACUACCUAGCGGAAGUUAUCCUAGAUGGCGAAGUGAGGGCACGAACAACAACGAAGACAGCCACCAAGAACCCCUUUUGGAGAGAGGAGUGCGAGUUCACCGAUCUACCACCAACCACGCCAUUAUUAUCCAUCGUCCUAAAGAGAGUGGAAGGAAACCUGGACAGCUCGAGUAACCUCCUCCAAGCAUCUGUUGGACUGCCUCGAACACGCAAUCUGCAGGAGUUUGUGGUAGGUGCCGUCGACAUUUCGCUCGACCAACUAGACCGCGGGAAGGACAGCGAGCAAUGGCUUCAGAUAUUUGACGAGAAACACCAAUCGGUUGGACAGAUGCUAGUCAAAGUGAAUCACGAUGAGCAUGUCGUGCUUUUGUCGAAGGAAUACCAACCUCUCACGGACUUAUUACACCGAUUCCCGGCCGGGUUGACGAACCAGGUAUCGGCGGUUCUCCCGGGACAGCUUCGUCGAUUGGCAGAGUUAUUCCUCAAUAUCUUCCAAGUGUCAGGUUCCGCCAGCGAAUGGCUCAUGGCAUUGGUUGAGGAUGAGAUCGAUGGCAUUGGCAACCAGACCACCAUGAAGAAAUAUCGAUUCAGCAGCCGGCUGAAGUCCAACGAUUCUAUCGACGCUGCAACUGAUCGUGAACUGAUCGUACGAGAUAUGAGCAAGUCACUUGCCGGAGAAGCGAACCUGCUGUUUCGAGGCAACUCUCUCCUCACACAGUCGCUCGAAUUUCAUAUGCGCCGUUUGGGCAAGGAGUAUCUGGAGGAGAUCUUACAGGAGAAGCUGUUUGAGAUAAAUGAGAUCAACCCAGACUGCGAAGUCGACCCCAGCAAGAUCCCCCACGAAUCGGAUCUCGACCAGCAUUGGACUGUGCUCAUCCACUACACGACUGAAGUUUGGAAAUGCAUUGCUAACUCAGCCAACCGCCUACCUCCGGAGCUACGACAUAUACUCAAGUACAUCCGAGCCGUUGCUGAAGAUCGCUAUGGAGACUUCUUGCGCACUGUCACAUACACCUCAGUCUCUGGCUUCCUGUUCCUCCGCUUCAUCUGUCCAGCUAUUCUAUCGCCCAAGCUUUUCAAUCUUCUACGCGACCACCCUCGACCUCAUGCCCAACGAACAUUCACACUUAUCGCAAAAGCACUACAAAAGCUAGCGAACUUGUCCAACUUUGGAAAGCGAGAGGAAUGGAUGGAGCCGAUGAACCGAUUCCUCAAUGUGCAGAGACAAUCUGUUCGUGAUUAUAUCGACCAAGUGUGCAGUAUCCCAGCGGACCGCAACGCCAAUUUCGUUCCUGCUGGCUACAGCACACCAGUCACUAUUCUCGGCCGUCUAAGUCCUACUUCCAAGGAGGGAUUCCCCAGCCUUCCAUACUUGAUUGACGACACGAGAAACUUGGCGAGUCUUGUCAAGCUAUGGGUGGACGCUAGACCGGUCGACGACAAGAAAGAGGAGGUGGAUCAAGAGCUUCUCGCUUUCAACGACGUAUGCUUCGCUCUACAACAACGCGCCGACGCUUGUCUCGCUAAGGUCGAAACUGAGCGUGCCAGUGAAACAGCAACCUGUGCCACUACAGAAGACGUCGCCGAAUCCAUUGAACAAGCAUCACUGAUUGAAUCACUCUCUAUUUCCUACGGCGGCUCCUCAACAGCAUGGAACGACGUCUACGAACCCACACCCGGUAGCUCAGGCAGCGAAGUCAACGAUGACAAUACAAUACGCAACCGCAGACGAAGCAAGGAGCGUCGCCGUCACCAUCAUCACCACAAAGAAGGCUGGGAACAACGAAAGCAACGACAUGCAAGCACAAGUGGAAGUGCGAGUGCGAGUGCAAGCAACACUAUCAAGUCUAAGAACGGACGUGUGGGACGUACGAUCCUCAGCGGCAUCACCCGCAUAGUCGGUCGUGGUGAGAGUCCUGAGGGAAAAGAUUCCUCGAAGCAUUUUAAGUGAAAAAGAAAACGCCGUUUAUAUCCAUCUAUACAUAUACAUAUACAUAUACACAUUUUAUAUACCUUUUGAUGACUAGAUGGCAGAGCUAGUUAUUCAUGACUGAAUGAACAAUACAACUUCUUUGAAAUACCACUUCCAUCUUUUCAUAUAGUCUCAUUUAUACUUGCCCUUUCUUUUGUCAUAACUACCACAGAUUUUGGAAAUGGCAGGCCAUUCCUUCAUACUCGCAUAGCAGACGGUUGGGUUCAUCUCGUUUCAUUUGUUGUAUUAUGUAUAUCUGGAUUUCUUAAUUUAUUUAUUUUUAUUUCUGUUUUUUUA